AGGAGACUCUACUACUACUAGUCUUCUCUCUCGCGCUCUUUAUACGGAGUACACUACCGUUCUGCAAUUAUUGCCGCAAGUCAAGAAUUUUCUUCUCCCUCUCUCUCAUGGCGUCCGAUCUCGAAACCAGGGCGAAAGAGGCGUUUAUCGACGACCACUUCGAACUGGCCGUUGACCUCUACUCUCAAGCCAUUGCUAUGGAACCUACGAACGCCGAGCUCUUCGCCGAUCGUGCUCAGGCCAACCUUAAGCUCAACAACUUCACUGAGGCUGUUGCUGAUGCCAACAAAGCAAUUGAGUUGGACCCUUCAAUGGCCAAAGCAUACUUGCGUAAGGGCAAUGCAUGUAUCAAGCUUGAAGAAUAUCAGACAGCUAAGGCUGCCCUGGAAGUAGGUGCUUCUUUAGCUCCAGGAAAUGCAAGAUUCACUAACUUUAUAAAAGAAUGUGACGAGCACCUUGCAGUGGAAAAUGCUGAGCUACCCAAGCAGUCUUUGGAAAAACCUACAACUGAUGGUGCUAUUUCUCCUGCUUCUGAAUCAACGGAUAAAACUGUUGAAACUACACAAGAUUCUAAGGCAGUGGUUUCAUCUGUCAAACCACCAAAAUACAGGCAUGAAUUUUACCAGAAGCCAGAGGAAGCAGUGGUUACUAUAUUUGCAAAGGGUGUACCACAUAGCAGUGUUUCAGUUGACUUUGGUGAACAAAUUCUAAGUGUCACAAUUGAUGUCCCUGGUGAAGAUGCAUACACUUUUGUACCUCGGUUAUUUGGAAAGAUAAUACCUGCAAAGUGCAAGUAUGAAGUCUUGUCUACAAAGAUUGAAAUCCGUCUUGCAAAAGCUGAAGCCAUACAUUGGACGUCUCUUGAAUUCAGCAAGGAUAUUACUGUUUUACAGAAGAUAAACGUAUCCACAGUUGCUAAAAGACCUUCUUACCCUUCCUCAAAGCCAGGAAGAGUAGAUUGGGAUUCACUGGAAGCUCAAGUUAAGAAAGAGGAGAAAGAAGAAAAGUUAGAUGGAGAUGCAGCUUUGAAUAAAUUUUUCAGGGGCAUAUAUCAAGAUGCUGACGAGGACACUAGACGAGCCAUGAGAAAAUCUUUUGUUGAAUCGAAUGGGACAGUUUUGUCCACAAACUGGAAAGAAGUGGGAUCCAAGAAGGUGGAAGGAAGCCCUCCGGAAGGCAUGGAGGUGAAGAAAUGGGAAUAUUGAACUCUUUCUCCAGUUGGAUGCACUGUAAUACUGGGGUGGGAUAUUUUUUGCCUAUAAUUUUUGUGAAGCUCCAUUGGAGAACUCUAUUAAACUUGGAUGCGUGCGUGCCUAUCAUUUUUUGAUUAUAUAUUCGAUUCAUCAAGGGUUUGUUCUGUUGAGACCUCUAUUUUUCCUUUUUCUUUUUUGAGGAACGAGACCUAUAUUGUGUGUUGUGGAGUCUGUGGACAAUUCUUGUUUUUCCAUUUUUAAUCCGUUGAUUAGUAAUGUGUUUGAUCUUGUUCUUUC